AUGUCCUGUUGUGGCUCCGUCUGCUCUGACCAGGGCUGUGGCCGCGGCUGCUGCCAGGCCACCUGCUGCCGCCCCAGCUGCUGUGGUUCCUGCUGCUGCCGCCCCAGCUGCUGCAUUUCUAGCUGCUGCCGCCCCUCCUGCUGUGGUUCUAGCUGCUGUGGCUCCAGCUGCUGCCGGCCCUCCUGUUGCAUCUCCAGCUGCUGCCGCCCCUCCUGCUGUGGCUCCAGCUGCUGUGGCUCCAGCUGCUGCCGCCCCUCCUGUUGCAUCUCCAGCUGCUGUCGCCCCUCUUGCUGUGGUUCUAGCUGCUGUGGCUCCAGCUGCUGCCGGCCCAGCUGCUGCCCCUGCUGCUGCCUCCGCCCAGUCUGUGGCCAGGUCUCCUGCCCCACCAAUUGCUAUCGCCCCACCUGUGUCAUCUCCACCUGCCCCCGUCCCAUGUGCUGUGCCAUCCCUGACUGCUGAAUCUCUGCUUUGAACACACCACUUCCUCCUUGCCUCCCUCCCCAGAGAAUCAGGCUCUGCUUUUCAAAAAAUGUGUAACUGAUCUCUUGGAUCCCGUAGCAAACCCCAGCCCUACUGAUUCUUUGUUUACAUCCUAACUUCGUCCAAACUUCCUUCCUUCGUUCAGAACCUUCUAAUAAAUUAAGUUCCCCCAACAACUCUCCCUUUAUC